GGGCAGGUGUUUUAGGGCGGAGCUACGAGAGGAUUCACCAUUCCAGAACACGAGCACAGAACUCCCGGGACGUUCCGCCCACUUCUACUCACCCACCGAGGAGGCCCCCCGCUCCACCCCUUCUCCUCCGGUCUUUUCUUGGUCCCCUCCGAGCAAGGGGCGCCUGCAGGAGAGCCCUUCCUCAGCGCCGCUCAGGUCGCCGUUGCCAGCUCACAACAGCUGAGUAGCUUUUCCCCUUUCCCCAACUUCCGGUAAAACUGCAGUACUGCGCAGGUGCAUUACCAAUCCUGGGCAAGACCGGUGCAUGGUGGGUAAAUCCCUCUACACGUGAUAAUGACGGUGCCUGGUGUUGACUACAGGGGUCAUUGGAAGAUGGCGGUUGUCUUGGCUGUAGGAAGGUGGGGCAAACCUCUUACCGGCGACGCUGCGUAGAGCGGCAGUGGGUAGUUGUGGGAUACAGAAAGAAGGGAAGUGAAAAAUCGGCGGCCGCGAUGCCCAAGUAUUACGAAGAUAAAGAGAAGGACGAGCGCGCAUGCGCUGGCGUCCGCGAAGAUCUGAGGGACUGCUUGUUGGAGAGUUUCUGCAUCGUCCAGGAAGGGAAAAGUGUCAAGCAGUGCCUGAGGGAAGGAUACUGCAAAGGUUUUUGGGUUACAUUUUUUGAAUGCAAAAGAUCAAUGAUAGAUAACAGAGCAAGAUUCAGAGGAAGAAAGGGAUACUGAAGUCACCCAUUAAGAAACAGCAAGGAUGAACAACCUUGGAUGCACUGAUACCUCAAAAUUAAAAGACUGACCAGUUAUCUUACUGGCUUUUCCCAAACUGUGCUUAAUUUCCAUGCAAAUGACUGAUGUUUAAGCACUGAAAGACUGGACAUGCUGACUCUCUGGAGCACUACAAACAAAAACCAAGACUAAGAGUUUGUGGUGGUGAUGGUCAUAGCUUUUUAAUAAAAUAUUUCACCCUGAGUGUA